AAUUCCCCAACUAACACACAUUUUCACUACCGCGUCUCUCUUUUAUAGACCGAGUCUUUGAACUGUUGAUUUUCUAAGUAAUAAAAAAUGCGUCGCAGCGGAAGUAAAGAAUCUACUGUUGUUUAUUCUGCUCUAUCUUUGGCACAAUCCGGUCGCGGUUCUGAGGCUAUUGCUCUCUUAGAGCCAUUAAAAUCGACUGCUAUUACUAGCCUAGAUUUAAUUGAUAUUAUACAGGCCGUAUAUGAGGAUCAGAAAAGAGGAGAAGAAUCUUUUCAAUUUUGGGAAAAAUUCCUUCAAGUUCAAGGAAAAAAUCAAAAACACUUAUCAGCUUAUUUUAAGGCUGCCGUAAGGACAAAGAGCCUUACCCACCAGAGAAAGGCUGCUGUCGAAUUACAAAAGCUUUUUCCUUCACGCAAACACACUCUAUGGGUUCUUUCCUCUUUGUACAUGUUAUGCAAGCGCUCAGAAAACGAGAUGGAGAAGCGCUUACUGAAAGCGCUUGCCGAAAAGACCGCAGGGAUUACAUUUUCUGAACCAUCUGGACAUAUAGAUUCUUGUGAAGAAUGUCAUCUUUAUCUGGACAUACUUUCUUUAGUCGAGAAAAAAAGCGAUGCGUUGGAACUACUUCUGGAUGAAAAAACACAGAAAUUUGUAGAGGCUGAUGCUGACCUUCUUCUUCGAAAACUUCAACUUCUUGCCGACUGCGAGCGCUGGGACACCUUGUUUUCCGUUGCUUCCAAGUGUUUCGAAAGCGGCAAUAUUGACUGGAAAGUUUGCAAGGCUCUUCUAGACUGCUCUUUGCAUGACAAACAAAAAAUUACACUUGUUCAGGAGCUUUCUCACAAUGCUUUAACUAAAUCUUGCACCCAGAGAAAUCUUCAUCUUUUUUGGAUCCAUUUUACAUCUCAUUUCCUAAAUGAGGAGCUCUUUAAUGCAAUUUCAAAUUAUGUUUUAAAGAUGUACGCCAAACCUAUUGUGUUUGAGGACAUAGUACCUUUCCUCCAGCACUUGAGCAACGAAUCCAAAGCUCAAUUGCUAAAGAAUUUUCCCGUUGAGAGCAUACCAGAAACCAACAAGUCUCAAAAAAUUGAUAAGUUAGUCGCUAAGGUAUUAAUCCUUAAGAUCAGAUUUUUCUGUUUCGAAUCUUUCACGGAGGAAGCCAUUACCGAUUUUAUUCAAGACUGCUUCAAUGUUUACCAAGACGGCUUGUCUUUGAGUGACAACAUAUUGCCUACCGAUUUUACUCACGGAUAUGAAGCCUUACUGCUGGCCGUCCAUGCGCUCAUAUAUUUCAAGGAAUAUGCUUCUUUGCCGAGCAAUGUAAUCCCAGGAAUUAUAUUUGAUGCCAUCUGUUUAUUAGAGAAAGGUCUUACAAACAACCUUCACAACUUCCAUCUUAAACUUCCUUUAAUUCGGUUGUAUUUGCUCUUGGACGGAGGAUUUCCUGCUGCUUGCAAGAUUUAUGACACUAUGUCUAUCAAACAAGUUCAAAAUGAUACUUUGGAUCACUAUCUUUUGACAAGAGCGACAACACAUUUCCCUUCAAACUUGUCUGCUCAAUACAUUAAUGCAAGUAUGCGAAUUUACGCUUCAAAUGAGUUUGAGACUCCAGAAAUGAUCUCCAAUGCUUAUGAGGAGCAGGCUUAUUCUCAAAUUGAGGAUAUGUGUCAGUUCCGCUCACGUCUUGAUCACAGCAUGUGGAAAAGUAUUAUCUUAGUAGAGCGUGCUAGAUGUUAUUACUUAAAUAACUACAAAGCUCCCAAACAAUACUUACCAAAAUGCUCGAAUCCAAAAGACAAUCGGGAUUUGGAAGUGUUUGUUAAUUAUGCGUCUCCAAAGUUCCCUGCUGCCGAAAAAAUACUAAGAAAUGCUCCACAACCAUCUACCGCUUGGGUCCAUUUGUUUGUGAUAGGUCACAUGCUUGUACAAGAGGACAUCGUAAACGGAAGAUGGGAAAUAGCACGAUCUCAUGUUAAGGAACUGGAGUUUAUUCGCGAUAACAAUAACUUGGAAGAACAACUAACACUCGAAGAAAUUAAGCACGUGAACCUUUUGAUCUUGCUUGGUAACUUAAGCUUGACGAUUGCUUCCGAUAACUAUGAUAAAUCAACGUUAGAGGAGAUUUCUACACUGACUCAGUCUUUGCAAUACGAAAACAGUACUUCCCUUGCUGUUAUUACGAAGCAGACUGAAAUUCUCAAUGAUUUAAUCACCUGUCUCAAUAGUUUCGUUUUUUAUGUUUCUUCUUCCAAGAAAAAGGAAUUUUUGAGAGAAUAUCAAGGAUUAAAGAAUGUGAUUAAUUCGAAACUUGGUAGCAUUACCUCCGUAUCGAAGUACAAAAAGAAAAACGCUCGGAAGCUUGUGUCUGAGUUGUUAAGUCACUCCUGGCUUAACAAGUCAUCUUUAAAACAGGUACCUUUUGACCAAAAGUUUGCCAAACAAAUUAUGGAGAGUAUGAUAGAUUCAUUUACUCAGACAGGAGAUGCUGUUGGAAAGCUUUCGAAGUAUGUGAAAUUUUAAAGAUAUUCAUUAUAAAUGGAAGAAUAAAUUGCACUUAAAGUCGAACCCGACUCCUUUCAUAAGCAGAUGUUAAAGAAACGGUUCCCGAACCUCUACGGAAAUAAACGUAAAGCAUAAUAGCAGACAGUAAACUCAAAGAGUACCUAAAUUUCGUUAGAAAUAUAAUUUGUAGAAAUGCUGGUGUAUAAUUACCAAGUAAUA